GCUCUAACGAAAGCAUGGCGACGAGAUGGGGGAUCGUGAGUGCGGGACGGAUCUCGAAGGAUUUUACGACGGCCCUCGCUAUUCGGGGCAGGGACGAGCACGAGGUGGUGGCGGUCGCCGCACGGAAACGCGAGGAUGCAGAACGCUUCGUCGGGGAACUCGAUCUACCCCAUGCCCGCGUCUACGGCUCUUACGAGGAUCUCUGCCGAGAUUCUAACGUGGAGGUGGUGUACGUGGGGUCCAUCAACACAGUCCAUUUUGAGGUUUCCAAGAUGGCACUUGAUCACGGAAAAGCCGUCAUUUGUGAAAAACCCUUGGGACUCAAUCUCGGACAGACUAAAGAAAUCAUUCAGCAAGCUCGAGAGAAACAACUCUUCCUCAUGGAGGCCAUGUGGAGUCGUUGUAAUCCGGUAUACAGGAAACUAGCUGAGGAGAUCCGAGCAGGGGCAAUUGGGGAAGUGAUGCAUUCUUAUGGGUCCUCAGGGGCCCCUAUAUCCUAUCCUGGAAGUCGGGUUAGGGAGAAGGAGCUGGGAGGGAGUGCAGUGCUGGACAUCGGGAUCUAUCCAAUUCAGGCAUCGUUACUAUGCAUGGGGGAUGAGAAACCUACAGCGAUCAUGGCCACAGGUCACACGAAUGACCUGAACGUGGAUGAGGUUAUUGCCUGUAACCUCCAAUUCAAGAAUGGACGGAGUGCCACCCUGGACAUGAACUCCACACUCCUGCUCCCGAAUGAGUUCUAUGUGGCUGGGACUAAGGGUAUCAUUAAGCUGAGCAGUCCGAUCUGGGGUUCAAGUCGAAUGGAGAGCCCAAACGGAGUUUAUGAAGUGCCCAAGGUCCCUGGGGACUAUGUGUUUGACAAUGCAGGGCUUUUGGCCUAUGAGGCCGAUGAAGUUCGACGAUGCCUUUGCCAAGGUCUGAAGGAAAGCCCCCUGGUCCCUCAUUCCCUGACUCUGCUCAUGGCUGACAUCAUGGAGGAAAUUCGUAACCAGAUAGGUGCUGAAACCUAUUACUAAGGAGCAUUUCUCCUGAUAUCACGAAGGGGGGUUUAAAACCCCCCAUAAUAACUCUUUGUCUUGAUAUGAAAUUAUACAAAUGUGAAAAGCAGACAUCCUCACCCAGUAAACCUCCACAUGAUCUCCAAUGCUCAUAGAUAUCUCCCAUCAUGGAUGCAUUGUCUGACUUCAUUCCAAGAGCAGUUCACUGGUGCUCAAUGUUUUCUGUUGAGAAUUAUUUUCACCUACAGACCUGCAAGGGAAAAUACUUUACAUGACUUUGCAAUAAAGAGGAACUGAUACUAUGAAUGAAAUUAGUAUGAAAAAAGUAUGAAAAAUAUAGGUAGAACUCAAACAAAAAGAAGCCACAAAAAAUGAAUCAACAAAAUGCAUGCAGGCAUUCAUUAAAGAAUGAUUGGCAAAAUAUCAAAUUCAUUUUAAAAAUAAU